CGAGAGAGUCCAGAGGGAAGGGGUUAGUAGCCCGUCUCACACGACUCGCAUCAACCCGGUCGUGCCACCUUCGCCAACCCGUCGGCCCCUUGUCGAUCAACCGCUUUCCUAUCUUUCUCUUUCCCUUUUCCCCUCAACCCUUCCCCCUGCGACGCCCUUCGACUCUGCUGCGUCGACAGCACCUCGCGCUCGAGUCGUGGGUCUCUCCCCACUCUCCCAUCUGUCUAACACCUGCUCCGUCUCGAAUCCCUUCGACACACUUCCUUCGCCUUAUCUCUCCCUCACCAUGAAUCUCUAGGCAGGAGAGGCCAUGGCCACAGAGUGACCAUAUUGAGUCUCGACGCCGUCUCGCCGCGCCCUCGUCAUUCUUUUCCCUUCGCUUUCCUUCCCUGCGCUUAGGGAGAUUUUAGUGUCGUUAAGGAAAGAUGAGCGGCCGAACACCGGUUCGCUACGAGGCCUCCAAGGCGGCUGGAGAAGAAGGCCGGUCCGAAGGGAGCGGUAGUAGCUCGCAAUGGGUCGGCGCAUUUGAGCGCGUCAUGGGCGACCAACCGCAGGAAUCGUUUUCGGCCUCAAAGAGCCGGCCAAGAAUCACACCGAGGAGCUCGACAUCGAUGUUGGGCAGCGGCAUGCCCACGCCUCAACCCACAACAGUUGCGCCUAUCCCCGUUGCCCCGUCAUCCUCUUUCAGUCCGUCUAAUGCCAGUCCAAGCUCGCAUCCGCCAGAGAUGAACAAGAGGCAAACCCGAUCGAGGAGCUCGAGGCCCGGCGGCGGUGGCGAAGAGGCAGCAAAGAGACGGUCAGAGCUGCCCGCAUCGCAGGUUUCUGGGCCGCCCCUCAUCGUCGUCUCCGAGACCAGCAGCCUGCUGCUGGAUGAUGUCUACCUCAACCACGCACCAGGCUUGCUUCCCGUCAAGAUCCGCAACGUCGAUGAGUCGAGCAGGGUCCUGGUCAGGCUGGGUUCAGACCUCGGACGGGGAUUGGCAUUCAUGAAGAGGAAGCGCACAGUCGUUUCUGAAGGCAAAGAAGCUAUCGUCUUUCCCUCCAACACGGCAAAGUGGGCCAUGGCAGACGGGCUAUCGCCGUCGAAGCUUCGAGAGCUGCGACACAUGUCGGCCAACCUUGAGUCUGCCGACUCAUUGAUCCUCGAUCCUGGCGGCGUGGCUGAUAUCUUUGUCUCCUUUCGACCUGUCCAUUUCGCUCCGCUUCAAGACAAGGAUACCAACGCCACUCGUCGCCAUUUCUUGGCACCUCCUAAAUCGCCUGUCUUUGAUGGCACGUCUUCGCCACCGCGAACGACGGAUGAAAGCAAGCGGCAAGUGUCCUCGUCGUCGUCAUCCUCGGCUUCCUCCAUUGCCGAUGCUCAGCUGCAUGACGGCCGCUCGGAUCUCGAGUCCGUCGAGUGUCCAGCAUUCGACACGACGGGCACUGUCACCAUCAGAGCCUGGCCGCUUCCCCCGCUGCCGAGCGAUCUAUUGUCGUCAGCAAGCACGGCACAAGCGCUGGCACCACACGAAGGAACUCCGCCUUCUUCGGGGGCGAGCAACCUCUCGAGCUCGUCUUCGAGACCGGCUUCAUACUACAGCUCGACCAACGUCACUUCUGUCAGCGGAAAUCCUGGCGAAGAGGACAGCGGUGACGACGAUCAAUGUCAGGUCUUCUCCCUCCCCUUCUUUGCCCGUUCUUGUCGGCCUCAGCUGGGCGUGCAGUUGGGAGACACUGCCUCGAAGAUAACGCCAUCCUCUUCGCAGUCGUUUCAUGACAGCGAUGAUGACCACAGCGUUGCCCUGUCGGCCUCCACGACGACGACGACGAGCAACAACAGCGCUCUCAGGAGCCAGGUUCUCCCACGGCGAGCUCAGAAUCACGGCGCUAUUCCGAUGGACUUUGGCGACAUUUUUGUUGGCGACGAGGAGGAGCACCAUGUUGUCCUCGUCAACCAGUCGGACAUUGACAUCUUUUGGCAAGCUAAGCUUGACGAUGCCGAUCCUGCCAUCUCCUUCCUUGACGACGAUGGCAGACUGAUCGAUGUUGUCAACGCGGCCGACGACGAUGGCGAUGAUAUUGGAUCGAGCGUCGCCCAAGCGUCCGCCGCUGCCUCGAACAAUAACGAUGGCAGCCAAAAAGCUACUUCCGCCUCAUCAACGACCCGACGUGGCGGCUACAAACCGCACAUCCUCCAUGCGCGGUCCUCCAUGCGGUUGCGCAUCGCAUUGCAUCCCCGAGAGCCCUGUCGAGACUUUGAGCAAGUCGUCACAUUGACCAACAUGCACAACGCCUCGAAUAGCGUACGCAUUUCGAUUCGUGCAAACAUGCUCGGAGCCGCAGGCGACAACGGUGCUUUGGCGGUCUUGUCUGGCGACGUCAUCGAUUUCGGCGAUUGUGCAGGGGGACACUGGACCAAGCAGCUCCUCGUGCUCAAGAAUAUUUGCGAGGGCGCCCUGGACGUGCACUUUAGCGUCGACAAGGGCGUCGAAGCCGAAUUUCAGCUCGCCGAGCUUCUGCAGCAGUCGUUUGAUCAAGUUGUCCAGGAUGAGCCUCCGCAUAUCAAGCAGGGUGAAGACGAAGACCGUGAAGAAAAGGCGCGGAGAAAGGAAAGAUUGCUGCAGCUCCAAAAUGAAGCACAGGCUCAAGAAGCAGGAAAAACACCAACGUCACACGCUCGCGAACCUGUACCAAGCGAAGAGCCUCCUGUCCUCGACCUGUGCUCGACGACAUCCAGCAGCCAAGGCGUGAUCACUGGCAGUGGAGGCGUCGAAGACGAUUCGUCAAAGGAUGUCGAUGCGUCGUCGGUCGCUUCACAGGCUGGCUCACUUCCUGGCUCGCCCGUGGCUGGUCCCUCGAAGCUUCAUGAUGGUCUGGUCCUGGAGCCACCGCCGCCUUCCGAGAGUGGCAGUGGUAAGGCAUUCGGCAGCGACGGAGCCUUUCGGAGCCGACCGACUUCUGGUCUUUUCUCUACGCAUCACCAACACGCAGGAGGCCUCUUGCAUCAGUAUCACCAUCAGCGCAUGACCGGAGGCGGCGAUGACAACCUGUCUGGCUCAACAACACCCUCCUCUCAGGCUCCUCUGCACUAUCACGAGGGCGCCCACAUGGAGAUCAGCAGCACAGAUGGACUUGACGACGGGCCUGGAGGCGCCAGUGCUGGGGCGAGCGGUAGCGUAGCCGAGUCGUCCAAGCACUCGCACGCCUCUUCGACCCAUCAUCAUCGGCAGCAGAUUGGUGUUCGCUCUCACAACGGCGGUGCCGUGGCCCUUUCCGGGCUGAGAAAUGUGGAGCAGCCUCAUCGAAAUCAGCUCGAGGAGCUCAUCCUCAAGCCUGGAGGCGAAUACCGAGUCAUUGUUUCCUAUCGUCCACCAAGAAAAGAGCUCUCCGCGUCGUCGACAGAAGAAGAACUUCUGUGGGCGGGAAGGCUAGUCGAGAGGGCUUUUCGCAUCUCGCUCGACUAUGCUCGAACAAAGUCGUCGGGUGUGCGCUCACGAGGCGGACGAGAGAGGAAGACAGUCAUGUGCAGGACAAGAACGUGCACGUCACUCAUCACCCUCUCGCCGAAAUCUGUCGACUUCGGAGAGGCAAACGUCGGGACCAAGCGGUCCGAGCACAUUGCAGUGCGCAAUCUCUCUGAGCUGACAGCUCGCGUCGAUGUGCGCUUCGUCAGUAAGGUGCUUAGCACAUACAGGGACGAAGUGGCGAUCCCGGCUCUUCAGACAGUCGAGCUGAGGCUCGAUCUCUUUCCUCGACGAGUCAACGAGUCCUACCGCAAGCAGGUGACAGUGGCCAAUCUGCUCAACCGCCACAAUGACCAGAUCUUUGAGGUUCGCUCCAAAAAUGUGGACCGUCAGCGCGUAAGCUUCCACUCGCUAUUUUACCGUAUCCUCACACCCACGGGCUCCAACUUCAUCGACUUUGGCGACGUCAACAUUAAUUCGACGAGGGUGCGGACGUUUUCGAUUGAGAACCUUUCCGACAAGAAGCUAUCGCUCGAGAUGUUAGCAGCGCAUUCAGAGGAUCUCCGACUGUUUGUCAAGAAGGUCGAGAAGCCAAAAAAUGGUGCAGAUGAAAAGCAGCAGACGCGAGCGCAACAAGCAGAAGACAGCGCUCAGCCUGAUCAGGUCAACACAACAGCGACUCCAUUUCCAAAUCGUUACGCGGAGCUCGAAGCUGGCGACGCGCCAUUGGAGUCUGGAUCCAAGCGAGGAGAGACAUCUUCCAAGACGCUGCUGAACGGCAAAUCUGGCAGGACGGGUGCCGACCUCAAGGAGCGUUUCCUAGAGACAAUGAGUCAAGACUCGCCAGCUCCAGCUCGACGAGAGAAUGCUACGUGGCGAGGUGUAGCAAGCAGCCAUCAUCGGCUUGGUAACGCAGGGAAGAAAACGGACGGCCAAGGUCCAUCAUCGCGUCAUCAUCAUCAUAAUCAUCAACGAGAGGAAAAGAGGGACGGGGGAGGCGACGGUGAUCAUGCCGCACCGUUGGUCAAGCCCAAGCCGACGAUCAACCUCGUCUCAGCCCUGAAGAAGGGAGCUAAAGGUCGGCUGACGGCGACUUGGGGACGAGGUAUCACUUUCAAGGAUCGAAGCCUGAUCUCGGUCUUCGAAUAUCUUGACUUGGCAUCAGGGCCUCCGGUCGACAGCAAGAGGAUACCGGCAAAAAGCAAGCGUUUCCAAUUGCUGGAUGCCAUCGAGGCACCUUCUUCUUCCCGUCCCAGCAAAGGCGCUGCUGCGUCUUCGAAGCAACCCAAGGCACCUUUACCUCGACUACCAUCUCCUCUGGCCAAGGACAUUCAUCGCAAGGGAAGCGCGGCCGCUGACAAGGCCGAAGAAGUUGCCAAACAGACGUCCGCGAAAGCGGACGCUCCGGCCUUGACGGGCAAGCGGAAAGCCGAGCCAGUCUUGUCGAACCCUAAGGAUGUCUCCAAGCUCACUCUCGAUGAGCUUGUGUCGGCUGUUGAAGGGCAGAGCAGCAGCCUGAGUACCUUUUUCCUCGGCAACCCUCUCGCGGAAGAGCAGAGCGUCCGGACAGAAGUUAAUCUCGAGCGAGGCCUGCGCGACGCAAUCGAAGCAGGACGGUUGGAACCUGUCGAGGUUCUGACGGUAGAUGCGCGAUCCGAGAGGCAAGUCGUUGCCGUCUAUACGCCCAACGGGAGCACAAGGCCGCACAUUCAGGGCAACGCUCGCAAGCAAGAUAGUCGAAUUUUCUUGCGCCUCGUCGACUUUGACAGAGAGGGACUGCGACGGUCCGACGACUUUGCCAGCAUGGCUGAUCUUGAUGCCGACGAGCUUCCCGUGCGCGAUCUCAUGAUCCGAUCCACAACAUGUCGAUCUCUGGUCGAGCUCGGUCAGCCCCACAUCAACUUCGGUCAGCUUGACAAAGGAGAGGCAAGGACACGGCGCAUCCUGAUUCAAAAUAGGAGCGAAUGGGCUUUGCGUUUCUGCAUCCGCAAAAGCGGCAGCAUCGCCAGCGGAGAUAUCAAGCUCAGCAGUAGCGCCCGCUACGGCGUCGUACCAGGCCAUGGCAAGCGCGAGGUCGAGUUUGUCUUUAGUCCCAGCUUAACGGGCCAGUUCCAGGAACGCCUCGUUGUGGAAAAUGUUGCCGAUCGCGACCAGGACCAGACCGUUUGGCUCAAGGCGAAUGUUCGAAAGGUGCCCAAUUUCGCUGUCUUGCCCACCGGCCGGCUUGACUUUGGUGAAUUGGCCUUGGGCAAGCUGUCGCAGGCCGAGAGCAUUGUGGUGAGCAACACGACGGCAAAGGCAAGGACAUUUGUCCUGGCCCUCGACACGCGCCAACUUCGAGUUCCUCUGAGCUCGGCCGUCGCCGAUUUUGAUCUCAUUGUGGCUACGUCGAAGGAGCCUAGCGAUGCGCGCUUGGGCACCCUGUCCAAGGCCGAAGAGGAAGAGGUGGAGCACAUCUCGCAGAAGCUCAAGAUCGCAAGCCGCAAGGGACAGAAGGACAAGGUAAAGAAGUACGAGGGUCGCCUGACGGAGCUCGGAAUUGCACUUCCCUCCUCGUCGUCGCAGCCCUCAGAGGCAGGUGCGGAGACGCGCGAGACAACAGAGGAGCCCAUCGAGAUUGAACAAAAUGCCUCAGGCGACGCCGAAGAGGCUGUAGAGGAUGCAACGACGCGGCUCAAAAGAGUGUCGAGCACCGUCACCUUGGGUUUGGGUCCUGGGCAGGGAAAGAAGCUACUUCUGCGCCUCCGACCUCGUCUCAAUCCUUCUGCUUCAGCACCUCCGUCCCCGAAUGAGCGCGAGCAAGGUCAUUUGUCGGCUCAGGUACGUAUUCACGAGAUCAAGAACCAAGAUGAAACAAAGAUCGUCGAUGUCUGCGCCAGUAUCGAGCAAUCUCCUUCGUCGUCGUCCUCAGAACCAAAUCUGGAAGAGGAACUCCCAAGAGACGUCGUCGGCACCGUCGUCUUCUCGCCAGAAGAAUAGGGUUGCGCUUCUCCCAUUCUCAUCGCAUCCGUCGCGGCCUCAUCUCCCCCUCCCCCUUUUUGCCCAAUUCCUCCUUGAAUUCUCUCCUUAAACUCUCCCCUUCACAGCAGAUCUAGAUCCCAAGCCAAGCAGACUCCAAAUUUACACAGCACAGCAAUAAUGACAAUCUUGAUGACACCAC